UUCUCUCGCCAUAUAGGCUAGGCUAAGUCAUUUUUAGAAGCAGGCUAUUGAUCACCAAACUAAAACAACAACUUUAGUUCCCUUGUGCUCAGGCAGGGUUUUUUUUCAGGGACCUGUGAAUAUUCUAAAGGAUAAAGAGAUCAAAAGUGCUCCAACGGGUGGGUUUGUGGGGCGUGAACUGGGAUUCACAGGGUCAGACAGUAGCAGCCUCAAACUCAACUGUGCUCAGAAGCGUAUUUACGUAGUCUGUGUAAACGGACACGGGAGACAGCUGCGCACGGAAACGGAGCAAUUCACUGACUGAGAAUUCGUUAACUUGUGUAAGUUUGUGACGUGAUAGUUUGCAUAACGUUUAUGCUUGUAAGGUGGGCUUGUGCAACAGGGAACACGGCCAACACAACUCUCCUAUUCAAACCACGAGGAUUCGCUAGUAUGCAGGCAGCAAAAGUUUCAGACACUCCUGUGGAGUUCGUCGUUGAGUACCUGCUGAAGGCUAAAGAGAUUGUGGAGAAUAAUGCAAAUGUUCCAGCUGAGCUGCGUGAUAAUCUUCAGAAGGCCCUGGACAUCACUAGCGGAUUGGAUGGUUACCUAGAACAAAUGAGCAGCCAGGAGAGUGAACCGUUGGCUGAGUUAUAUAGGAAAUCAGUUUCUCAUGACUGGAAUAAGGUGCAUGAGGAAGGAAAAACCUUAUUCAGGCUUCCUAUUACAUGCAUUACUGGACAGGUAGAAGGUCAGGUAUUGAAGAUGCUGGUCCACAUGAGCAAAGCAAAGAGGGUCUUAGAGAUAGGAAUGUUCACAGGAUAUGGGGCCUUGUCAAUGGCGGAAGCCUUACCAGAAAAUGGCCAACUUAUUGCCUGUGAGCUUGAGCCUUACCUGAAAGACUUCGCACAACCUAUAUUUGGCAAGUCUCCCCAUGGUAAAAAGAUAACUGUAAAGACUGGGCCUGCUAUGGAUACACUAAAGGAAUUAGCUGCCACAGGAGAGCAGUUUGACAUGGUUUUCAUCGAUGCAGACAAACAGAACUACAUUAACUAUUACAAGUUCCUCCUGGACCAUAACCUUCUGCGGACAGAUGGUGUUAUAUGUGUAGACAACACACUGUUUAAAGGGAGAGUUUACCUCAAGGAUUCAGCAGAUGAUAUUGGAAAAGCCUUACGAGAUUUUAAUCAGUUUGUCACAAAUGAUCCUCGAGUAGAGCAGGUUAUUGUUCCUCUGAGAGAUGGCCUCACUAUAAUACGAAGAGUACCCUACACACCUCAGGCAAACACACAGAGCACUGUGACCUAUGACGAGGUGUUUCGAGGAGUCCAAGGGAAGCAAGUGCUGGACAGGUUACGUUUGGAUGGGAAAGUGGCGUAUGUGACCGGGGCCGGUCAGGGCAUCGGCAGGGCCUUCGCACAUGCUCUCGGAGAGGCUGGAGCCAAAGUCGCCAUCAUUGACAUGGACAAAGGAAAGGCAGAGAAUGUGGCCCAUGAACUGACUUUGAAAGGCAUUUUGAGCAUGGCUGUGGCUGCAGACAUUAGCAAACCAGAUGACGUUCAGAAGAUGAUUGAUGACAUUGUUUCAAAAUGGGGCACGAUUCACAUCGCUUGCAACAAUGCUGGCAUCAACAAAAACUCAGCUAGUGAGGACACCAGUCUAGAAGAGUGGGACCAAACCUUUAACGUUAACCUCAGAGGCACUUUCAUGUGUUGCCAGGCGGCCGGUCGUGUCAUGCUGAAGCAAGGAUACGGCAAGAUAAUCAACACAGCUUCCAUGGCCAGUUUAAUAGUGCCACACCCACAGAAGCAACUGUCCUAUAACACAUCCAAAGCUGGGGUGGUAAAGCUCACUCAAACCCUGGGCACAGAGUGGAUCGACCGAGGCGUUCGAGUCAAUUGCAUCUCCCCUGGUAUUGUUGACACCCCUCUCAUCCAUUCAGAGAGUCUGGAGCCUCUAGUUCAGCGCUGGCUGUCAGAUAUCCCAGCCGGACGACUGGCUCAAGUGACAGACCUCCAAGCUGCAGUGGUAUACUUGGCAUCUGACGCCUCUGACUACAUGACAGGGCAUAACUUAGUCAUAGAGGGUGGUCAGAGUCUGUGGUAGAGAAAGUUUGCCUCUCGGAUUUGGUAAUACACUCUCACCCACUGUUGCUAAAGGAUACUCACUGACUAACUUGAUUUUAAUGAUGCAGUACAUUGGUGAAGGGAUGUACUGUAUAUUUUAAGUAAUCAAAGGGUCCAGCGUAAAAACUUGCAUAGUGUGUCAAUUGUAAGCAAUUCUUUUUGUGCAUUUUGCUUUUGAACACUUUUACAAUAAACACUGCUUUUCAAAGCA